AUGCGUGUCGACAAUCAUAUCCAUCUUCGCCAUAUCAUGCUCUACCACUUCGAAAAGGGAUGGUCUGCCGCAGAGUCGUUUCGCGAUCUCAAAGAACUUUUUGGUCAAGGAACAAUUGGACGUGCAACAGUUUAUGAAUGGUUCGAUCGUUUCAAGUCCGGUAACACAAGUGUUGAUGAUGAACCAGGAAGAGGACGGCCAUCAGAAUUCGAUGACAAGGCACUUCUGGAAGCCGUUGAAGAAGACGAAAGCCUGACAAGCCUGAUGAACGCACGAAGACCGCGCAAAAAGAACAACAUCGUCUUUCACCACGAUAACGCACGUCCGCACGUUGAGCGCCAUGUCGUCGAAUCCAUCGCUAGUAAGGGCUGGGAUCUUCUUCCACACCCGCCAUAUUCUCCUACUGAAGCCCCAACGGACUACCACGUCAAUCGAUCGCUCAAAAAUUGGCAAACAAAUAAGAUCUACAACGAUUUGGAUGACUUGAUAGACGAUGUUAAAGCGUGGAUUGCCUCCAAAGAUCGUUUAUUCUUCGCUCGUGGAAUCGAUCGUCUUCCAAGCAAAUGGCAAUCAGUUAUUGAUGUAGGCGGUGAAUAUGCUCCAGAA